AUGGUUGUUCCACAACAUAGUUCCAACAAGGAUUUGGCUUCGAAUGCUUCUGAACAAAAAGAUACUGUUGUGCUACCUAAACUACAAGGAGAGUCUCUGGUACCCAAAAGUAGUGCUGGUAAAAGUGGGCGCAUCUUGUGAGCUGUCAUUUUUGUGCAUGGUUUUCAGGGCCACCAUUUGGAUUUACGUCUUGUUAGAAACCAAUGGCUUCUGUUGGACCCUGGAGCUGAUUGCCUAAUGUUUGAGGCUAAUGAAGAUAAAACAUCUAGAGACUUCAAAGAAAUGGGUAGCAGGUUGGCCGGGGAGGUAAUUGCCUUCCUGAAGAAGAAAAUGGAUAAACUUUCUAGAUAUGGAGGCUGCAAAGAGCUGAAAUUAAGUUUUGUUGGCCAUUCCAUCGGGAACAUCAUCAUUAGAAGUGCCCUAGCAGAACCUGCAUUGCAGCCAUACUUGAAGAACCUCUACACUUACAUGUCAAUAUCAGGGCCUCACUUGGGUUACUGGUACAGUUCAAAUUCUUUGUUCAAUUCUGGACUCUGGCUGCUGAAAAAGCUCAAGAAUGCUCAAUGCAUCCAUCAACUCACUUUCAGUGAUGAUCAAGACCCCCACAAUACAUACUUCUAUAAGCUUUGCAAGUUGAAAACAUUGGAGAACUUCAAAAAUAUCAUAUUGUUAUCAUCACCACAGGAUGGCUAUGUACCAUAUCACUCAGCAAGAAUGGAGCUCUGCCCAGCUGCAUCAUCGGACACCUCAAAAAAGGGUCAAGUCUUCACAGAAAUGCUCAACAAUUGCUUGGAUCAGAUCCGUGCGCCCUCAUCUGACACUCGGACGUUCAUGCGCUGCGAUGUGAAUUUUGACCAGUCCAACCACGGACAGAGCCUGAACACCAUGAUUGGCAGGGCAGCCCACAUCGAGUUCCUUGAGACCGACAUCUACGCCAAGUUCAUCAUGUGGUCCUUCCCUGACCUGUUCCGAUGACCAACAAUGUCGCUCGUCUCUGUAAUACUGCUGCAUACCAAACCAACCAAAUCGAUAGCGCACACUACCGAGUACUGACUAGGCAAGGAAAAGUAAUCUUGCAUAAAGGCUCCCCUAGAAUCCAACACUGCGACAGGCAGGGUAGCACUGUAAAGAUCCUAGAAGCAGCGGUUUUUCCAACUUGCUAGAUCUGAUUCUGUAUAAAUAGUUGAUUCUUUCGUCAUUGCAUUCAUAGUGCUGUAGAUGUGCACCUUUGCUGUGAAUUUAUAAUCCUUUGUCGGCUGGUGUAUCUAACGCUUCGGUUUAGGAUGUGCUGACAUUCAGUGAGCUUAUGUCCAAAUAAGCCCCCUUUCUUAAUGUUUGGUUUUAGUCACCUUGGUCUUUGUGCUGCUGUAAAUCCAGGGUGUUGUUUCUGUUUGGUGAAAUGACUGCUACAUGAA